GAUAAGAGAACUGUUACCACUACCUGUGUUUAGAGGUGUUCCAGAAGCUGUUACAUAGACCAACAAUGAUUCUGUCUUUACUGAUAUUUACAUGCUUUUCUGGCAUCAUUUUUCGGCCAAUUAUGGCCUCAACAACAUCUGAACCAAUGACAACCACCACUGCGCAUGGUCACCAUCAUCAUCACACCCACGCACCUAAAACAACACAUGAACCAAACGAAUUGGAGUCUUUUACCUUUUAUUAUGACUACAGUACACAUGUCCUUGCUGUGAAAUCCUCAUUACAUAUCUGUUAUUUAUAUAAAACAUCAGCACAAGAACAAAUUGACGUUCAUACAUCACACGGACUGCACGUUUUGGAGAAAAACUUGAUCGAACUAAUUGACGCCGGGUCAGCCAUGCAGCCAAUAACCAAGGACGCCUUAACAGCAAUGGGAAGGUCACUGGCACAUUUCUGUAGUCACGUACAAGUAUACAUGCAACUGAACUAAGCUGCAAUAGCCAGGAUUAUGUGUAUUUGAUAAUCAAGGAAUAAAAUGUAAAAUCA